UGGAUGUUCAUGAGCACUGGUGCAGAGCAUGCAUACACAUGAAUUCUUGUUAGUUUAGUUCUUGACUUGUAGUUUGUUAAUUCAGAAAUAGUAGUUAGUGGCAGGUCUGGUUCGUGUUUGUCUAAUGGAUGGAUGGAUGGCCGAUGGUAGGAGACUUAGGAGUAGAGAAUGAGAGUGAGCAUGAGCAGCACCUGAACCACCUGCUCCCCAUGUUCAUCCACACGAAGCAGAGCCACCUACAACUAGGUACCCCUCGUGUUCAUUUUUCUACACAGUCCCCAAUGGAUGAUGGUAAUUAAACUAGAGAGAAAGGCAAUUCAUUUCAUUUUCUGGUAAUCCAUUCCAUGGCAUUGGAACUGUCACCCACCACAAAAAGUCCCAUUCAAACCAGGGAGACAAUUGCACACGUGGCCGGCUGCAUAUGCACAGUCUCCCAACCAAGACAUGAGGGGCCUCACUGUUCACUGUUCACUUCCGAGGCAGGCAAUCCAAAGCUCAUACCAAAAGAUUCUCUCUUUCACCGCUCAAACACAGUUCAAAAAGGCGGAUUGGGAAACAUGCAUGGCAUCUUGUCAAAGGCCCAAGCUUUGGAAAGAGAAAGAGAAAAAGAAGACAGAACAAUGAGAAGGGAGGAGAUCCCCCUCCUAAAAAGCCAGUGCUUUUCCAACACAUACAUCCACAUUCCAUACCCCUCAAAUAUUAAAAAAAAGUCACCAUCUUUUCUGGACAAAGAGCCUGGAGAUUGGAUGAAUGAAAGAGACAGUAUACGUGUACAAGUUUGGUAUGUAUGUAUUAUUGACUAACUUGCAGUAGUAACAGUAGUGCGAGGUGUAGAAGAGACCGAGGAUGGAGACAAGAGUGCCCCACUUGCUUUAUAAAGAAUACCACUUCUCUUUUGUCUCUCUCUCUCUUUCUCUCUCUCUCUCUCUUUUCUCUUUAGUCAUGAAGGAGCAGUAGAGAGAGAGAGAGAGAGAGAAAGAGAGGGUGAUGGAUAUGGGUUCAAGCUCUCUGCCGGCAUCUCUGGCCUGUGGUUCCAAUGACUCUCUCAACGGGCUCAAGUUUGGGAAAAAGAUCUACUUUGAGGAUGGGGGCGGUGGUGGGAGCUCCUCUAAGGCUUCUUCCGGGCAGGCGCCGGCGAAGAAGGGGAAGAUCGGAGUGCAGGGGGUGCAGCAGCCUCCAAGGUGUCAAGUGGAGGGCUGCAAUGUGGAUCUCAGUGAUACCAAGGCCUACUAUUCCAAGCACAAGGUUUGUGGUAUGCAUUCCAAGUCCCCCAAGGUCAUUGUGGCUGGCUUGGAACAGAGGUUCUGUCAGCAGUGCAGCAGGUUCCACCAAUUACCUGAAUUUGACCAAGGGAAACGAAGUUGUCGUAGACGUUUAGCCGGACAUAAUGAGCGCAGGAGGAAGCCACCUCCUGGAUCCAUAUCACGCAAUGGACGGCUGUCAUCAUCUGGCCAUGAUAGCGGUAGAUUCAGGAGCUUUAUGAUGGACUUCACUUAUGCAAAGCAAGCGGGUAACGACAGAGAUGCUUGGCUAGCAAACAGGUCAGGCAAUCGGGUUGUUGGCAAUCAUCAAUGGCAAGGUGGUUUAAAUGCUUUGGACCAGGGAGUUGCUGCUCAUGGUUUCGGUCCAUCAAUGCGAGGUUCACCAAACACAAACAGUGCUAUGUUCUCAGUACCACCAGAGAAUUCGAGUUCUUUCCGUGAAUCUCUUGCUGGAAUCUCUGACUCCAGCUGUGCUCUCUCUCUUCUGUCAACUCAUCAGCCACGGAGCAGCACCACUACACAAAACCAAGUUCCAACGGUGAUACCGGCAAACGCCAGCUUUGACAUGUCCCAUGUGGUGCAGCAACCAGGCAUGCCUAGUAAUUAUAUGGCCAAUUCAUGGGAGUUCAAAGGACCUCCUGAAGCCAGUGGAACCUCAGAAGCAAUGCAACACCCAAUUGAAUUCAGUCAUAUUUCACAACCCGGCAACCAACGUUUCUCAGGCGAACUUGAGCUAGCAUUUCAAGGAAGCAAACUUGGCAUGAACCUCGAUCCAGCUCUGGCUUUUGCUGAUGAUGCCACCCACUGGUCUCUUUUAAACAUCUUCUUUCCACUGAUUAAUUGCUGCAUAACUGUGUAAUCUACACUGCUGCUGAGUUGGGA